AUGAGCGGUCGACCAUUCAAGAAACCUCGUUUUGACGAUGAGAACGAGGUUGUGGCGGUGUCUGAGCCUCAGUCGAGCUCCGAAGCCCCGAAGGUGAUUUUCAAUCCAUUGACGAACUUCCCGUUGCAAACUCAGAAGGAACGAUUGCCAAUUUACAACUAUCGGCGAGAGGUUCUGUAUCUCAUCGAGAAUCAUCAAGUCAUAAUUUUGACAGGAGAGACCGGUAGCGGGAAGAGUACACAGGUGCCUCAAUAUCUCCACGAAGCCGGUUGGACAGCGAAAGGUCUAAUUGGUAUCUCCCAGCCGCGUCGUGUCGCAUGCAUUAAUCUCGCCAAACGUGUCGCUGAAGAAUCAGGACAACUCGUCGGACAGUUGGCUGGAUAUACCGUGAGAUUCGAGAAUUUCGUAUCGAAAGAGACGAAAAUCAAGUACUUAACGGAAGGGAUCCUCAUAAACGAAAUUCAAGGAGACCCCUUUCUCAGCCAUUACGGUGUGCUAAUGCUCGACGAAGUUCAUGAACGGAGUCUCUUGAUGGAUUUGUGCCUUGGUCUGUUGAAGAAGAUCCUGCGGAAGCGCCGUGACCUCAAAUUGAUAAUCUCCUCGGCGACUCUCGAUGCCGACGCUCUGAAACAGUAUUUCUCAUCCAAGGACAGCAGUGCGGAAAUUCUCGCCGUGCAAGGUCGAGCCCAUCCGGUAACAAUACACUACCUCGAGGAACCGACGGCGGAUUACGUGAAGGAGUCGGUGGACACCGUUCGGAAAAUCCACGAGAACCAAACUGCCGGCCAUAUUCUCGUUUUCCUCACCGGGGAACAAGAAGUGGAUAAGUGCUGUGAGAUGCUGAAGGAUUAUGCAUCGACGCAGAAGCACUCCAAAGUGUUCGUUGUUCCUCUCUACGCGGCGCUACCGUCACGAGAUCAGCUGAAAGCUUUCGAGCCGACUUCUCCCCACGUGCGGAAGGUGAUAGUCGCCACAAAUAUCGCAGAAACCUCGGUCACUAUCAACGGUGUGAUGUACGUUGUCGAUUGCGGUUACGCUAAAACGAAAUGCUACAACCCGAGCACAGGGACGGACGCAUUGGUGGUGGCGCCGAUCUCAAAGAGUUCCGCUCAGCAACGAGCAGGUCGCGCGGGAAGGAUCGCCGCAGGGAAAGCUUACCGUCUGUAUCCCCAGAGCGAAUACCAGAAACUGCGGAACUUCAGCAUCCCCGAGAUCCAACGGAGCAAUUUGACUUGGACAGUUCUUCUUCUGAAAUCACUAGGGGUCGAUAAUCUCGUGCGCUUCGAUUACCCCUCGCCACCACCGAGUAAGAUUUUGUUGAAUGCUGUGGAAAUACUCUACGCUCACGGAGCGCUCGAUCGCGAGGGCAAGAUGACCGAUAUAGGCAAACAAAUGAUACAGUUCAACUGUGAGGUGCUGCAAGCGAAGCUGAUCCUCAAUUCGGUGGAUUUCGAGUGCUCGUCGGAAAUGCUCUCGAUUGUUGCCAUGAUGCAGAUCGAGAACAUAUUCGUCGUCCCUCAAUACAAGGGACGCGAGAUGAAAAAAGCCAGAUAUCAGUUUUUCGUCGAAGAGGGCGACCUGCUCUCCUUGCUGAAUAUCUACACAUCUUUCAUCGCGAAGCAGAAGAGCAAGCAGUGGUGUUACGACAAUUUUCUCAACUACAAAAGCCUUUGCAAGGUUUUAGAGAUCAGAGAAAGGUUGAAAUCCACUCUCUUGAAACUUGGGAAUUCUCCAACGCUCGCGAGUUGCUCGGAUCCCGAUGUUCUGUGUAAAUGCAUCGCGUCCGCCUACUUCACGAAUGCUGCGUAUUGGCAUUUCUCCGGAGAGUACCGUUCGGUCUGCGGAGACCAUCCAUUGGACUUUCACAACGAAUCGGCUUUCUUCAGCCAGCGACCCCCGAAGUUCGUGGUUUUCGGUGAAGUCAUAGCGACUCAUAAGCUUCUCAUGAAGUAUGUGACGCCUGUUGAGCAGAGCUGGCUCACGGAGCUCGCGCCCGAUUUCUAUAGGUUGGGAACCGCGGCGUGCGAAAACUGA